GCCGUCCUGUUGCUCCUAUUGCUCUCAUUGCUGGAGAACGGUCGCCGAGCAAGGUUCGCGAGGUGGCUAAAAUGGCGAGCGCGUGGGCCAGGAUGUAAUGCAUGAGGGCAUACGCGUCGUCGCACAUAUAUGAUUCCGCCCCGGCCUCGCUCGGCGUAUUUACUGUUACAGGACGCCGUUCGCUCGCUCGCUCACCGCCGCGCCGCGCCGCUCGGCUCGGCUCAACGUGUCGUACCUGCCGCGCCAGUAUCGCGUGGUAUCGCGCACGCCGAAGACUCGAUUACAGUGUCAACAGGUGUCUACGAUCGUCGACCUGGCAGCAGCAGCAGCAGCAGCAACAGCAGCAGCAGCAGCAGCAGCAGCGGCGGCCGGGUCGCGUUCGUCGGCGGUGGUCGAACGGGAACGAGAAGGGAACGACGGCGGCGGUGUAUCGUGCGUGCGCGAGGAAUCACUCCGAAAGGAAGAGAAAAAAAGAAAAAAAAGCGAAAACGACGCGCACACGGGGCUGAACGUUCUCGCCGCGCCGCCGGUACGCAUGCCACGCGGGACACGCGCCAUCGGCGUAAAUAUUGAACAAGUGAC